AAUAAAAACGAAAAGAAAUUAAGAAGCGUGGAUGAAAAGAUACGGUGAAAUCAGAAAAAGAAGCCAUAAUCACCUUUCAUGGCAUGCCAUUGUUUUAAGAACGUCUGAAAGGAGAGAGAUCACUGAUGCUUUAUUCUUUUGGCGGGCCAAUACUUCUGUGGAAGGGGAGCAGAAAGGCCUAUCCUGAUGCACGCAGUUACAACUUUCCUUAAUUAAAGUUGUGCAGCUAAAGCAAGCUAAAAAAUACGCCUAUUGGAUCUCUUAAAUUUUUUUUUUUCCAGCUCUCUCAACAGGCAGAACCGCCAAAAUAAUAACAAAAAUGGACGAGGAAAAGAGGUGUGGGAACUCCCAAAAAGUACCAGAACAAGCACUGGAGCAUGUCCAUGUCCAAAGCUUGAAUCCUUUUGAAGGGAGAGGGACUAAUAUGCCAUUUCUAUAGGUCCACAAUGUAGUCCUUGGGAUCCCCUUCAAAGGGCAAACACAUCUCUUUUGUUUAAAAAAAGCAUUGUUGGAUCACCAUGUUUGACCUUCCCAAGAUAUUUAACUGCUCCUUUGCUGGCUUCAUCCAAAACACUGAGAAAUGGCUCACCAACUUCAAAGCCCAUCUCUGUAAGCUUCGCUACCCCUUCCCUUCUAUCUUUCCCCAUUCAUCACCAUUUUGCACACUUAAAAGCAGGAUUCUACUGUCUUCUCUCUCACACCCUCACUUUAUUGCCCAUGACGAAGAAAAAUAUCCAAGUUCUCUACAUUUCUCUCCUUCUAAACCUUCUUUCCAGUAUGAUAUGUUUGUCAUUGUCGUCAAUAUUAGAUCAAAACUAUGAGCUCUACCAGAGCAUCAAAACCGAUGCAGAAGCUCUGCUAGUACUCAAGAAAACGAUUGAGAAGGACCCUCGCGGAGUUCUUUCCGAUUGGAAACCUGGGAGAAACCCAUGCAACUGGUUUGGAAUCUCAUGCACUCAUGGCAGACCAACUCAGCUAAAUCUCGGUGGAUGCAAUCUCUCAGGAAAUCUCUCGUUCUACCCUCUAUCAUUUCUUACCACGUUAUCAGUCCUCAAUCUCUCCAGCAAUUCCUUCUCCAUCAACUCCACCAGUAUAAUUCAGCUCCCCUGGGCACUGCAAAAGCUUGAUCUCUCCUCAGCAGGGCUUUCUGGAAUUAUUCCCGAAAAUUUCGUCUCAAUUCAUGCUACUCUAGAGUAUGUUGAUCUCUCUCACAACUUGGUCAAAGCUAUUCCAGAAAAUUUCUUCGCUGAAUCAGGGAAUUUGCAAUUACUUGACCUUUCCUUCAACAACAUAUCAAACACCAUGUCCAGCCUCAACUUCGGAAACUCCUGUAAGAGCUUGCUGCACAUAGAUCUGUCAACAAAUCACCUAACCGGUGGAAUUCCCAAUUCCCUGUCCAACUGCACCAACCUCAAAUUCCUGAACCUCUCUUCCAAUGCGCUAGUUGGGCAGAUACCCAAUUCCUUUGCCCAACUCCGAAGCCUUGAGAGGGUCGACCUCUCUGGAAAUCACUUAACUGGUUCAAUUCCAGCAGGACUAGGUAAUGCCUGUGGAUCGCUACUGCAACUUAAGUUCUCCACAAACAACAUCUCCGGCUCAAUACCAAACUCUUUCUCCUCCUGCUCCUUUCUCCAGUUGCUCGACCUAGCUAACAACAACAUCUCUGAUGCGAUUCCAGAGGACGUUCUCCAAAAUCUCUCAUCUCUUGAGAGUUUAUUGCUGAGCAAUAACUUCAUAUCAGGGUCACUCCCCAGUUCACUCUCUAGCUGCAGGAGCUUGAGGAUAGCAGACUUCAGCUCAAACAAGCUUACAGGUCCCUUGCCACAGAAUAUCUGCCCUGGAGCUUCCUCCCUAGAGGAGCUACGUGCCCCAGAUAAUUUGAUCACCGGUAAGAUCCCAUCCCAAUUGUCGUACUGCUUGAAGCUGAGGACGAUUGAUCUUAGUAUUAACAACCUCGAAGGUUCAAUCCCACCAGAGCUCGGUCGCCUCCAUAACCUGGAACAGCUGAUGCUUUGGUUUAACGGACUCAGCGGCAUCAUUCCUGCAGAACUUGGCCAAUGCCCAAGGCUAAAGAACCUGAUCCUCAAUAACAACUUCAUCAGCAGUGACAUACCUUUGCAGCUCUUCAAUUGCAGCGAUCUGGAGUGGAUCUCUCUCACCAGUAACCGCAUCACCGGUAGAAUCCCCAGUGAGGUGGGCCGUCUCUCGCGGCUUGCGGUGCUGCAGCUGGCUAACAACAGCCUCAGCGGCAAGAUUCCGCCAGAUCUCGGCAACUGCACCAGCCUCGUGUGGUUAGAUCUCAACAGUAACAGACUCUCAGGGGGUAUCCCGCCGCGCCUCGGCCGGCAGCUGGGAGCAAGGGCUCUUAGCGGCAUUUUAUCAGGUAAUACGCUAGCGUUCGUACGGAACGUGGGGAAUUUGUGCAAGGGAGUGGGGGGAUUACUGGAGUUCGCCGGAAUCAGGCCGGAGAGGCUACUCCAGGUCCCUACGCUCAAGUCGUGCGACUUCACCAGGCUUUACUCUGGCGCCGCUCUCAGUGACUGGACACAUUACCAGACCCUCGAGUACCUCGACCUUUCCUACAACGAGCUACAAGGGAGAAUACCCGAUGAGUUUGGGGACAUGCUAGUCCUCCAGGUACUCGAACUUGCGCAUAACAACUUAUCCGGAGAAAUCCCUGCUUCGCUAGGCCGAUUAAGGAAUCUCGGCGUUUUCGACGCGUCACAUAAUAAACUCCAGGGUGAGAUCCCGGAUUCCUUUUCGAACCUCUCCUUUUUGGUUCAGAUCGAUCUAGCAGAUAAUAACCUCACGGGUCCGAUCCCCGCAAGGGGGCAGCUCAGCACCCUGCCGGCGAGCCAAUACGCAAAUAACCCUGGCCUCUGCGGGGUCCCGCUGGCCCCGUGCCAGGUAAACCGUGAACUUCCGCCGGUGGCUGGAGCGGAUCUAGCCCGCCGGAGCAAUCGGCCUGCCUCCGCGGCGUGGGCGAACAGCGUGGUACUUGGGGUGUUGAUGUCUGUGGCGGUGAUAUGCGUGGUGAUGGUGUGGGCGAUUUUAGCGAGGGCUCGGCGGCGGGAGGCCGAGGACGCGAAGAUGCUUGGCAGCCUUCACGCGGCGUACGCUGCGACAACUUGGAAGAUUGGGAAAGAGAAGGAGCCACUGAGUAUCAACGUUGCCACGUUCCAGCGCCAGCUUCGGAAGCUGACGUUCUCGCAGUUGAUCGAGGCGACCAACGGAUUCUCCACCGCAAGCAUGAUCGGGAGCGGUGGGUUCGGGGAGGUUUUCAAAGCCACGCUCAAGGACGGUUCGAGCGUCGCCAUCAAGAAGCUGAUACACUUGAGUUACCAAGGGGAUCGGGAGUUCACGGCGGAGAUGGAAACGCUGGGAAAGAUCAAGCACCGAAACCUAGUACCACUGCUGGGCUACUGCAAGGUCGGCGAGGAGCGGCUGCUGGUGUACGAGUACAUGAGGUACGGGAGCCUCGAGGACAUGCUUCACCUGAGGCGGCGGGAGCUAGAUACGACACUGAGCUGGGACGAUCGGAAGAAGAAGAUAGCUCGCGGUGCAGCGAAGGGGCUCUGCUUCCUACACCACAACUGCAUCCCGCACAUUAUACACAGGGAUAUGAAGUCGAGCAACGUGCUGCUCGACGGGGAGAAGGAGGCGAGAGUUUCGGAUUUCGGAAUGGCGAGGUUAAUCAGCGCUCUCGACACGCACCUGAGCGUCAGCACGUUGGCUGGAACGCCCGGCUAUGUGCCGCCAGAAUAUUACCAGAGCUUCCGGUGCACGGCCAAGGGUGACGUGUAUUCGUUCGGGGUAGUGUUACUGGAAAUCAUCACCGGGCGGCGACCAACAGAUAAGGAAGAUUUUGGGGAUACGAAUCUGGUGGGUUGGGUGAAGAUGAGGGUGGGGGAGGGGAAGGGGAGAGAGGUUUUGGACAAGGUGCUUCUGAUCGAAGCAGAGAAUGGCAGUGGGGAGGUGGAGGAGAAGGAGAUGAAGGGAUUUCUUGAGAUUGCUUUGAAGUGCGUAGAUGACUUUCCAUCGAAGAGGCCGAGCAUGUUGCAGGUGGUGGCGAUGCUAAGGGAGCUCGGAGAAGGCGCUAUGGUGGAGGGAGUUUGUCGAGCUCAUUAACCUUUGAUUUGAACUUCGAUAUAUACUGUUCAUACCUGUUUCAGUCAAUUUGGUGCCUGAUGGCUGCCAGAGUACCUCCAGAAAGCACAGAGGUAAUGGAUUGAAAAUUGAAGCAUUUCGAGAGUUUUCAACGGGAG